GAGAUACUAAAGAAGCUACAGAUUCUGCGGCAAGCAAGCCUCCGUCCCUCACUAAAAGAUCUUGAUAGUCUGAUUUUUCCAGAAGUCAGAAGUUGUUCAGAGAAGUAGACCCAGCUUCCAUCGAUCUCACCCCUCCUCAAGUGACAAGAGCACAGAAAAGCAAGAAUGGAAUCCUCAUCUCUGUCGAAGGAUUGACUAAAUAUAAGCUGACAUUGACAGGUAGAUGAAGAUCAAGAACUACAACUAAAAAAACAAUGUCGUCAUCUUCGGGAGCUCCAGCCGGAACGGGAGAACUUGACUUCGUUUCGCCUGACGAUGUGGGGUUUACCUCUCCCGCCCACGUGGAGGAGGCUGUAGACUUGUUGGCGCAAACACCAUCGAGUGCCUAUCUCUAUCCACUACCGAAAGUAGAUUGCCUCAAUCACGCUGAUGGCAAUAACUGUUAAGGUUUGUGAGCAUCAACUCUGUAUCUGUUGUAGGUACUUGUAUUGUUAUAGAGGAAAUCUAAAUCAUGAAAAAUACUUAAUAAUAAAUGAUGUCUUUGUCUUCCUGACGUUCCCGCCACAGAAAUCAAUCUACUUAGACGUAUAAAUUUAGAGCGGGUGUUGCUGUGAACAACUGUUAUAAGUACGUACUUAUAUCCAUCGUACUAGAUGAAGAUUCAUGAAUUUACAUCUAUCUAUUAACUGAAUAUGAGUCCUCUACUGCAUUCCUCCUCCAGUGUAGUCGCGAGGUCGGCGAGGCAUUCUGUGCCAUAUCCUAUGUAUCCACAAAAGAAAAUUGCCACCGACAAACAAACUACUGUUUCUAAGUACUUAGUGCUUUCUUAUCUGUUCGCAUUGUAGCUGUGCUUAAACUGCUUGCAAUUUUUUUUUUGUCAUCCUUUCCACCUAGCUACCCCUUUUAUGAUUCUUCUUCACAUCUGCUUGAGUACUAGCUUGCGCUUCAAAUUUAUUGCUUCGUUUAACUCGCUCUUCGAUCCACCCACGAGACGAAAAGGCUCACUGAUGCUCUUUGACAUAGGACUGACCGCAACCGCACUUCUUCUUUGUCCCUGCUUGUAGAGCUGAUUAACUCUAACUGCUACCACUACUACUAGUUUUUGUAGCUUCAUCGGAGCAGUUCUUUGUUGACGUGAUUCCUCUUACUUCAGUACGUAGCUUCGUCCUCGGUCUCUAUGAGUAACUACUCAAUCACUUUUUAGUAUUAAUUUAUAUAAGUAAAUUGAAAUUGAUCUUCUUCAAUGAAUCUUCUGUGAAGCAUCCAGCAGUUGUAGUUAUUGUUUGCGUCCUCUAAAGACGGGAGAGGAACUGGCAGAGGCACCAGCAAACAGCCCGCUUCGUGUUUUACGGAGACGAUGGGUCCUCUGAAGAGGACAUAAUGGAUCUGGAGGACGCCCUACCCCUUAUGAUGAACGGUGAUUUGGAUAAGUAGAACUACGAGACCACUAGUUCUUGUUUACUAACUUUGAUUUUAUUUUUUUCGUUUGAUUGAGGCCUGCAGCUUUUUAAUAGUUAUUUUUGCAUCUACUUAUAAUGGCUUCAUCAACAUCAUAAGGAACGAAGUCAAUAGAACCAAUUGGAAGAUGUUGUAUGAUCUCUUGAUGUACUCUUAUUCUAUUCUUGGAAGUUUCUUAUAGGUACUUCUCUUACCGUAAUGAUUAACAUUUAAGUAUAAGAGAGGACGUUUCUAAGGUUCUUCUAAGGCCAACAAGAUUACCGUAACUGACAACUAAACCUCUAUGUAGACUAGAUUGCCGUAACUAACAACUAAACCGCUAUGUAUUCAUAUCUAUGAUGAAGAUAGGGGGGUCGCUCCUCCCUAUCGUAUCUGAGAUGCUUUGGCCAAACUCACUCCUCCGCGCAAUAUACUACGAAAUGAGUGCUCUCCGAAAUGAGUGCUCUCGGUCUUUUAAAACGCAAUAACAACGAUACUGCCAUCACCAAGUCGGUUCCUUCUACCUCAUGAAGAGUUUCCUGCCCCACCUUACUUUUCUAAAAAAAUACUUCAGCGCUUUCCUUUCUAAAAAGUUAAAUAAGUAGACUACAGUCUUCAAAAUGCCGAUUCCUCUUUCGCAGACUUAGCAGUCGCUCUGUCGUUGCGUGGACAUGAAGUGGCCCGAGGACAAGAGUAAAAGGGACAAUUAGAACAUCCACAGCAAACUUAUAUAUAUCUAUGAUGAAGAUGAAUUGUUCUAAGAACAACGCGCGAUCUUCCCGUCGGAGCAAGCGUGGUGGAAGCAUUCGUGGCAGUAAGCGUGGAAGUAUUCGUGGCAGUAAGCGUGGAAGUAUUCGUGGCAGUAAGCGUGGAAGUACUCGUGGCGACGACGAGUGGGUAGCUGAGGACAUGGACGAGGACUUACGUCAUCACUUUGCACGGAAAACCAUGCUAUACACGGCGAUCAUGCUAUGCGGCGUUGCUGCGAUAAUGACUACGGUCAAAAUGAUCGCUUUCCGAUACAUUAUGACAGGACCAGAAUCUCGCUUAUUGAUUUCGCUAAAUGAUCAGGCUCAGGGGUCUCUUAAGGGGUAGCUUGGUCUCAUAAUUGGUCCCGUCUAGUCCACACAUCAGCGACAUACUUGAGUACUAGUUCUAAGCGCUGGUUUCUGUUCUUGGAUGAUCUUAGUUACUAGGCCUCGCCAUACCUCACGUGGACAACUGAACUAAUAUAUCCACAUGUUCACAACUGAACUAAGUAAUAUAUCCGCAUGUCAGUAAGAUAUCCACAUGUUCUUCACUGAGUUGUUAAUGUUUCUAGCUAAAAGAUGAAUGAUAGUACUACUAGAAGAUACCAACUACAACUACACCUACAAAUACUUCUGGAACGAAGAUUUCAAUUUGAUCAUUUUGCAGAAAUUGUAGAUGAGCUAGAGAAGCAGAAGUAGGACUGACGACGACGAAUAUUGCUCGUUCCUACUUCCACUCUUCCUCUUCUUUCAUAUCCUUCGAUGCCGUGGCCUUCACUCCACAGAAUAGAGACCAACCACUAUCAAAAGACAUGCAGGAAAUGUACGAAGGGAUGAAUCGCGUUUUCGUCGCCAACCUUGGCUAUGAAGAAAUGGGAGAUGCGAAGUGGGUCAAGUAUUUUAAAAUUUGUGUUUAUUUGUUCGGGUUCAUCAUUCAUCCUAUGUACGUUCAAUCAAUCAUCAUUCAUCCUAUCUAAGUAGCGUGUAGGUUGUUCCAUCAUGUGCCGACCGUCUAGCUCUCACCGAUUUAUUUUUUUACGUUUUAUUCUUUUGCUUGUUAGUUCAUGAAACAAGACGUGCCUCUGCAUGGUGGCCCGACGUAUCAUCUGAAAUCUGCUCGUAGCUCGGGGCUUUUCUCCCGAUCCCCACCUCCAAAUGUUGCUCCUAGAUUUAAUUAUUGAUAGUCGUCUAUUAACAUCUCAAUGUCCUCCAAGUCCAAAAACUUUAUGUUCGCAUUGUUCGUAAUUAUUAUGAAUCCUAGGUUAGUCCCUUCAUUCAAUGAAAUUAUGAAUCAAUGGCUGCUCUUGAAUGGCCUCGAACGCUCACCCCUCCAUAGGUGAGCCAACUCCUAUCCUAUACUAUGAAUGAAAAACUACCAACUCAGGCAAAUGAGCAUGGUGUUUGGGUCGUGGCAGGCCUUGUCAAUGAUGAUCGCAACGUUCAGCAGCAUGUUGCUGCUGCCUCUCUACUUUAAGGCGAAGAGCAAGAGAACGAGAAGGGAAGAUAUUAGAAAAUAGACUAGAUGUAGACUAGAACCACUAGUACGUAGACUUCUACUAGCAACUACAACUGCUACGACACUUCUACGCGGAAGUACUAAAGUACACUAGGAGUAGUUCGACAACACUUCUACUAGUAACUAUUACUACUACACUACGACUUUGAGGAGUAAUAAGCAGUUCGACGACAAUACGCCACAUCAACAUACGACUUGCAAAAAUCAGUUUGAGAAAAACCAAAGUCUCCUUUCUAAGUACAGCGUUAUCACGUGCAAAUGCCUGGGCCCGCUCGUAAGGGCCGUUCCAUUCUGCUGGAUUCUGCCUGCUGGCAUGGCUGUAGCAUGGGGAGGCGUGUUGCAGUUUGUCUGCUACACGGAGCACGGAGGAAGCCUCUACAUCGCUUUCUCCAUGACAGCUCUUACCAUUUAAGAUGACCAUUUCUUCAUGACAGCUCUGAGGACCAUUUACGGUCAAUGGUUCUUCAUAAGUCAAAUCUAAACCUUGUUCACCUUUUGCAGAGCUUGACUUUGGUAGUCUUAGCCUACUGAAGAAACUCAAACUUCUGUAUGUAAAAAGUUUUGAGCCGUACUAGUAUAUCAUAUUUAUAAGUUCUUAUAAACUAAUUAAUAAUGUAGUUUCGAUAAGAGAAUAAGAAGUGCAACUCCCAAGAAGAACUAAGGACCUCCUCUACUUAAUCAGAAUUACUCGUUUGUAGUACUUGCCUUAGACUCUAUCUUCUUGUUGAGACUCUGUCUAAAGGUCGCUGGCGCUGUGGAUAUGGUCGGUGAGCAUGCGCUUCGAUCUCGUCUACGGAUUCCGUGUUUGGAUUUUUUUGCUGGUUGUGAUCGCACUGUUCGGUGGAAGUCUUUGCUUAAUUGCGGGCGGUGCGUGCUUACAAGGGUACUGACCUUCUAAUUAUAUAAGUAGUACUUAAUAUUAAAUAGUUGUAGAUCAAACCCGAAUCGACUAAAAUUAUCAAGAAGAGUAACAAACUGCAGGAACUACAACUGCCCUUGGAGACCACGUAUUGAUGAGGAUACUUAGACAAUUAUCGUGAAUGAUUAUUAUAUCGAAGAAGAAUUAAACAUCUUCUUCUUCACUGAUCGAAAUCCGAUUUCGGAAAUCGCCUUUGCGGAUGGCGAAUUUUCCAAAAGUUUCUCUUUUUCCCCACCGAUAGUGUCUCCUGUUUGACUCGAGUUUUGGUAGUAUGAUGCUGAAGCAGGCCUCAUCAAUGAUUGUUUAUUAUAGACUUUGUCUUUCAAUGAAAUUAUGUCAAGUUUUUCUUAAUAGUAAUAUGACCUCCCCUGUCAACAACCCACUUCCAUGCGAUCAUACACAUGAUACAGGAAAUUACCGUUUUCGUGGAUGAUGGUGUAUGCAAACGUCGCGACGUUUUCCGUGACUUCGUGGUACGUUCUUUAAGGCAGCGUCUACUACUUCAUGUAAUUAAUUCAUUGAUUCUAGCACUAGCACGACUUGCGCAUGAAGCAGUAACUAUAAGGUACAGACGACUUUCAACAAAGUUAAACGAACAUGUUGGAUGGUCAUGGGCAUACAGUCCUUUUGAGACCACUGGCCAAGGAAGAAGAUAAUGUUUUUUGAUACACUGACUUGUAAAACUUCAAAAGCUGAAAUAACAGGUAUUUUUGAUAUCUACAUGUGGAGAAGAAUUUUGGUUAGUAGAUUCAAGUGGGUACAUUUGCUUAUUGCAGCUUCUACAGCCUAUGUCUAUCGAGUUGUUGUUAUCUUCAAGGACUAUGUCUGUCUUCCUCUUCUAAGCUUGAUACAUCUUCCGCGGCAUUGCAAGUGGCACUCGGCGCCGAAAGACGUUCACACCUGAUGACUGCGCAUUGGCUUCCAUCUACGUUUUUAUUGUUAAGGCAGCGUCCCCUAAUCCUACUCCUACUCUCCCAUUGAUUUUUCGAGAAGCAUCUAAAUCUAAUGGUCCGUCUUCAGAGAAGUCAUCUUCAUCUUGUUAGGAGAGACGUUUCCACUACAGCAUCCUAGGAAAGACGUUUCCAAGGGCCAGGAAACAAAAGUUCAUUUUAGGAGGACUGAUCCUCCUUAAGAUGAACUAAGUAAGACCAAGUACAAGUAGGUUCUUAUCUUAAAUAGGUUUUUGUUAUCUUAGGAUGAUCGAUCCGUUUUAAGAUGGACUACCUAUACCAUAGGUUUUGAUCUUACGGCUCUUACACUUAUCUUGUUAGGAUCAUCAUCAUGCUAGGUAAGUGAAUGAAUGACUGCAUGGUCUUCAAGAUGGACUACCUAUAGGUUCUGGAGCUCUAACAUGGAGAUCAUCCACUUGGCACUGAGCGUUCUUGACUGCUGUGCGCCUGAUCCUGAGAACCGCGAUAGCGAUAGCGAUAGCGAUAGCGGCAGUGAGCGCGAUAUCGAUUAAAACAUUUCUUCGUGUUGACUUACGAGGAUUAUUGAAGCACGAAUUGAUAAAGCACAUAGUCAUAAUAGGUCUCGAUUAAAGCACGACAUUCAAAGAAUUUAUAGAUACUGGACUGUGACGCCGAAGAACAGAUCUACACCAUAAAUCUCGUGAUGUCGGUGCACGUGGCGGCCUGACCUGAUCGAGGCCAGUGAACCACGAACCAUGUCUCUUAGGUCUGGAGGUCUCAUGGACCUACGACAGGGACACAAACAUGGCAAGAUGCUACUUCAUACUACAAGCAGUCACGUUGAUGUCUGUGUAUGAAACCUCUCCCGCGCUGGUGGGUAUACCAUUAGCAUCUUCAGAGGAAAAGGAGACCAUGAUGAUCAUGUAGUAGAAGAGGAGGAUGACCUGAUUAUUCUGGGCAAAAUAGGCCUCCGAGUACAACUUCUACUACAAGAUCGUGAUAGAUAGUACUAAGAACAUGAUGAACAAGAGUCGUCGUUACGGGUGAACCUUCUCUAUGAAUUCGUAGAAAUAAUGUGCACUAUUUGAACCUAUGAACCACAAGACAUCGUAAAAAUUAAAAUUGAUGUAAAAAUGAAGUGCAUGUUGAUGUGCUGAUGAUAAUCAAAAAUCCAAAAAAAUGUACAUCUACACGGCAUAAUGCAAUCAUAUCAAUAGCAGCACGAGGACGAGAACAUAGACAUCGAAUACAUAGAACAAAAAAUCAUGUAACGAAGAACAGAUAAACUUCAUAAACACAGGUCUUCUCGUCUACUAGAAACAUAUCUAAUAUGUCUACUUUGAUAUUAAACCUAGAAAAUCCCUUUCUCGUAUACCAUUUUGCAUAGUCUUCUUGACUACUUACACCCUCUCUGCCGUGCCAGAUCUAUUCUCGUAACUACAGCAUGUACAACUCCUAACAAAAAAAAACUACAAUCAUAAUAUCUAUAUUGACAAUUUCUAUUACAUUCUCCAUCAGUAAGCCUAAGCGUGAAAUGUUGAUGAAAAUGAAUAUCAUGUAUUCCAUUCUCUUGAUUUGGUCCUUUAUGUGAACAUGUAGCAAGAAUGAGUCUCGAUUAUUGCUGUACUACAGCAGUUCGUUACUCUUAUAAAGCUGUCUGCUUAGCACGCACUUCGGGUUUCUGUGACUGGGAGCACUGGUGCGUACUUAACCUAAGGUCAUCUUGUGGUGUCCUUGACCUCGUGUUCACCCUUCUGAUUCCUGAGACCGGAUGAUGCCAUGUAAUUGUAAUAGCCGUGGCACUUCUAGUAGUAGAGUGUGGCGAAACGAGUGACUGAGAGAUGGGGAAUAGAAGAGCUCAGAAAUUA